AUCUCUCAUCCGUUUUUAUUAACACAAACACCACAUCAAAUCCUUCGUGUUCUCCUCUCUCUUCACACCAUUCUUCUCGCGGGUUUGCAUUGCAUUCUUCACUUUCUUCAACGAUUUCCCUCUGGUUUCAGAUUCAUUCACCUGUGUUGGGUUGAAUCCAAUCAACCAUCAACAAUGGCGAAGGUGAAGCUCUUGCUCCCCUUCAUCAUCGCCUUCCUCCUCUCUCUCUCCUCCUCUGUCAGAUCUGACCCCUCCGAUCACCGCUACAAAGACGGAGAUCUCGUCCCUCUUUACGCCAACAAGGUUGGCCCCUUCCACAACCCCAGUGAGACCUAUCGUUAUUUUGAUCUGCCAUUCUGUUUACCAGAUCAUUUGAAAGAGAAGAAGGAGGCUCUAGGUGAGGUGUUGAAUGGGGAUCGAUUGGUGAGUGCGCCUUAUAAGCUUGAGUUUCAACGUGACAAGGACUCUGUAGUGGUUUGUAAGAAGACGCUUAAGAAGGAUGAUGUGGUGAAGUUUCGAUCCGCGGUUAUGAAGGACUAUUACUACCAGAUGUAUUAUGAUGACUUGCCUAUUUGGGGUUUCAUUGGGAAGGUUGAUAAGGAUGGGAAGGAUCCUAGUGAUUAUAGAUACUACCUUUACAAGCAUAUUCAUUUUGAUAUCUCUUAUAACAAGGAUCGUGUCAUCGAGGUCAAUGUGAGGACCGAUCCGACUGCUCUUGCGGAUGUCACUGAGGAUAAUGAUGUUGAUGUGGAGUUUAUGUAUACUGUGAAGUGGAAGGAGACCACCACCACUUUCGAGAAGCGUAUGGAGAAGUACUCCCAGGCUUCCUCAAUGCCUCAUCAUUUGGAAAUCCACUGGUUCUCGAUUAUUAAUUCUUGCGUGACGGUGCUCCUUCUGACCGGAUUUCUCGCAACUAUCCUGAUGCGGGUUCUUAAGAACGAUUUUGUCAAGUAUGCACAUGAUGAGGAAACAGCUGAAGACCAGGAAGAGACUGGUUGGAAAUAUAUCCAUGGUGAUGUAUUUAGGUUUCCCAAGUACAAGUCUGUUUUCGCAGCUGCCCUUGGAUCUGGUACCCAGCUGUUUACCCUUACGAUAUUCAUAUUCAUAUUGGCACUUGUUGGCGUAUUUUAUCCGUACAAUCGAGGAGCUCUAUUUACUGCGCUUGUUGUCAUAUAUGCACUCACUUCAGGAAUUGCUGGCUAUACUGCAACCUCAUUCUAUUGUCAACUGGAAGGAACAAACUGGGUCAGGAACUUGCUAUUGACUGGAUGCCUUUUCUGUGGACCUCUGUUCCUGACAUUUUGCUUUCUGAACACUGUUGCAAUUACUUAUAAUGCUACUGCUGCUCUCCCAUUUGGCACAAUUGUGGUUAUAGUUCUCAUAUGGACACUUGUCACAUCUCCUUUGCUUGUGUUGGGUGGGAUUGCUGGGAAGAAUAGCAAGGCUGAAUUUCAAGCUCCCGUCCGCACAACUAAAUAUCCAAGGGAGAUUCCACCUUUGCCAUGGUAUCGCGGAGCAGUUCCACAGAUGGCGAUGGCAGGAUUUUUGCCUUUCAGUGCUAUAUACAUUGAACUCUACUAUAUAUUUGCCAGUGUUUGGGGUCACAGGAUAUACACCAUCUAUAGCAUCCUGUUCAUUGUCUUCAUCAUUCUCUUGAUCGUUACUGCUUUCAUUACUGUAGCAUUGACAUACUUCCAGCUCGCUGCUGAGGAUCACGAGUGGUGGUGGAGAUCAUUUCUAUGUGGUGGUUCAACUGGCUUAUUUAUCUAUGCCUAUUGUCUGUAUUACUACUAUGCGCGCUCCGACAUGUCCGGGUUCAUGCAAACCUCAUUUUUCUUCGGAUACAUGGCCUGUAUAUGCUAUGGUUUCUUCUUGAUGCUUGGAACUGUUGGAUUCCGUGCAGCAUUGUUCUUUGUCCGUCACAUAUACCGAUCCAUUAAGUGCGAGUAGGCAUUUUGUCCUCUCAAGUCUCCAGUCCACUAGAGCUAUUGUCUUCAUUUCAUAGGCAUUCUGUAGAAAAUUAUAGUUAUUUUGCAGUUCUUUUGUGUACUUUAAGGGAAGCUGGGUUGGGUGGGAUUCUGGCUUCCACAUCAACUUGGUUAGAUCACAAAGGGUGAUUUUGAGUAUAACGUCUGUACUACCAUCUCUUUUAACCGAACUCUUGCAAUACAUUUUGUUUUGGUCUAUGUGAACGUACUUUUCAUCA